GCCUUAUCCCAGUCUUACACGGUUGUUGUAAACAAUAUGGCGGGAGGUAUGUAGAAAUAGAUGCUCUGAUACUACAUCAUUACAACCAUUCCUUUUUAUUUCCUUACUGUAAAUAUAACCAAAAAUAACACAAUGAGUCGCGGUUGUCACAUUUAUUUUGAAAAAACCGGCCAAGCACCAUCACCAAGCAAAGAUUUUCAUCAGUUGAUCGUACAGGAUCACGAAGUCAUCUGGAGAACUUGGAAGAUUUCUCUCCGUAAAGACCUGAAAGCUAUUCCUCCAAGCCAAARGAAAGUUCCCUGGGAGGACUUUGACUAUGAUGACAUCACCCAGUCGGAUAUUUCAAGAGUGUUUGGUGAGGAUGCUCUUCGACUUGUUCACGCUUUGGUCUGUGGAGACUGGCUUGUACGACUUCCUUCCAGUGUUGUUGUUCACAUUGYUAGCCAUCUCGACCUUGUUGACAUAGCGCGCCUUGGUGCCGUUUGUAAGUUUUUGAGGAAGAUUUGCUCUGGCGAUGAGCUCUGGGAAAAAAUUUAUCGUCAUCAUUGUGAUACCGUGACAGAAGAAAUUGAAGAACUUGCAGCAGAAGUUGGAUGGAAAAAGACAUUUUUCACUAACAAGUUACAGUUGCAAGUUCAAGUAAGGAGAAGAAAGGAGAGAAAUAGCGCCGACCUAAAGCAAAAGGCGUCUGAUUUGGCACAUAAGAACGAGCCAAAAAGUGUUGGCAGUACUGCUUUUCUAACACAAGAAAAUGGGAACUGAAAAAACACCAACCCUCAGGUCACUGKGGUCGCUGUGCAUUGUUUUCUCCUAGUAGCAUUAACCUUACAUCAAUUUCCAUAUUCUGAGCAAGCUCACAAAGUCAGUAAUUAGGUCAAUAUCCUUAUAUUAGAAAUGUGACAGGAAAAAAACCCUUAAAGGGUACAAUUUGAUAAUACUCUCCCUAUGGCAUGAGCUAAAUCAACUGUCGGUUUGUGUUAAAGUGUUUUAAAAAGCAGUCACCCCUGUGUUGUCACAUAAUCCUACAACCCACAGGGGUGGCUGAUAGGUAAUUACAACAGACGAAAAGACAAAAGGCUCAGGUUUGAACCCUACUGGCCAUUUAUCUUGACAUGAUUUCUUGGUUCAGUAGAUUUAAAAGUCCAGUGUAAUGGAAGUGUGGGAUGAGUGCASUAUCUAUAUACUCUUGAACUUGAGUUUGAUAUACGUGUAUAACACUUGAAUACAUAAUAACUACAAGGGUAAUAUAAGAGAUAAAGCCCUUGAAAUAACAAAGAAUACCAACUCAAUUAUGUAAUAAAUAGUAUAAUUGCCCCAAUGGAGUAUACUGACCCCCACUGUAAUAAUAUCAGCAUGUUCUAACAUAGUGGUGAAUGAACUAUCAAUUUGCAUUACCAGGUUUUUCACAAAUGGAGAUGCUUUGCUAGCAUGGCUUGUUUAUUAACGAUUUUUUUUGAAAGGCACUGUAGUACUUGGAUUUGGUCAGAACUCGGGUUUAGAGYGAAAAGUGUGAAAUGUUGAUAAAGACUGCUUGGCAUAAUUUUUUGUUUUUGUUUUGUAUUUGCUUUUUUGAUAUUGUGUACAUUAUCAAUAAAAUAAUGAACUUACUAAUCAAACAA